GGGUGGGGGGGCAACCAGAAUGAAUUCCAAAGGUGUGACUUAUUUAGACCUACAGUACAGUAUGAGAUAAAUGAUGCUUAAAUAUGUAAAGCCUUGGGUUGAGUGAAAACAUGGAUAUUUUAGGUAAACUCGCAGCUUCUGCCACAGCAAAGAUUCGGCAUCUUCAAAAGAUUGCUCAGGACAUCCAGAAAAAUGAUGACAGCUACCUGAAUAAACUAAAAAGAUUGAAAAGCAAAGCAGUUCCAGAAGUACCUGUGAGAGACUACAAAGAUGAGGUGAUGGUGGAUCUGGAAGAUUUAUCUGAAAUGGAAUAUGAUAAUGAUACGUAUGACAAUGCACUGCAAGGGCACGAUAUCAACUAUGAGCCGCCUCCCUGCUGCAAAGUCUUCACCAGAACCACUUCUUCAUCUUUUCUAACAGGGGACUAUCUUGACAGCUGCCAUAAUGGACCAAACUUGGAACACAGAAAGGCCUUCAAAAGGGGCAAAGAAUCUCAACAACUACCCCCAGAACCCACCUAUGUGGACAGUAAUGACGGAGACUACAUCAAUCCAGAUGGCAGUAAUGAGGAUGGCAACUAUGUAGAACCUGCAGAGAACCUCCCUGCUAAUUUGUAUGAAGUUCCAGAAAAAGAGGAUACCAUGUUGAGACAGGUUUCAGCAAACAGAGUAAAAAUGAGGAGAUCACGCUGUACUGACCAGCAGGCUGAAAGUGACUCGAGAUAUGAAGUAUGGGAUCAUGAAAAUAAGCAACCUCCUCCAUACCCACCCAAACCUUUGCCGAGAGGGUCACUGAAACCUCCCUUAAGGCUGGCACAAGAUGUAAAGCAGAGAGACUGUGACCGGCAAAUGCAUCUGAUAACUUACCCUGAUCGUAAAUCACAUCCUCCAAAAUCCUCCACUAUGGACAUGAAACCUCCAAAGAUACCUCUUCCAAAUGUUACCUUCUCCAAACAAACUGACAGUGAUUCUGUUGAAAAUGGAGCCACAGACCAAGAUAAGGAUGCAGAUUUCUAUGCGAAGCCAUGGUUUGCUGGGAAAUGUGACCGCAAGACUGCUGACCAGCUGUUGUUUCACGCAAAUAAAGACGGGGCCUUCAUGGUGAGGAAGAGUUCGGGACAGGACAAACAUCAGCCCUACACAUUGGUGGUUUAUAAUAAGAGCAGAGUGUACAACAUCCCAAUCCGGUUUAUACACACAAGGCAGCAGUACGCACUGGGAAGAGAGAAGAAAGGAGAAGAGUAUUUCCACAGCAUCUCUCACAUCAUCGAGAACCACCAGAAGAACCCUCUGGUCCUGAUAGACGGCAAGAGCAACAGCAAGGAUGCUGCCAAGCUGCGUUUUCCUAUGAAACAACCAACCACAUCUGGACAUCAAGGCCAGACUUUUGAUGCGUUCUCACCUAGUUUUUAAUGCCCACAUGGUCAAUCUGUGGCACUAAAUUAGCAAGACUCAGAAGACUUUGAACAUGUUUUAUUGAGAUGCUUUGCAGUGUUCACUCAGUAUUCAAAUUAACGAAA